AAACGUUUAAUGAGAAAAGUGGGGAACCAUACAGGUAGACUGGCGGCUGUACAUAUAUUUUAUUCUUCCUUCUGAUUUUGCAAACAAUGUCUUCGGUGCGUGUAGCGGUCCGAGUCCGUCCUUUGAAUAAAAGAGAAAAGCUGUUAUCUUCGAAGGUGAUUAUUAACAUGAGUGGGAACAGCACAUCUAUUCAUAAGCCUUUACCUUGCAGAGGGGAUAAACUGAAGGACAGAGGGAAAACUUUUUCAUAUGACUAUUCAUAUGACUCAACUGAUGUAAACAGUCCAACCUUUGCAUCACAAGAGAAGAUUUUCAAGGACCUGGGCUCUGACGUUUUAAAAGCAACAUUUGAUGGUUUCAAUGCCUGUGUUUUUGCAUAUGGGCAAACGGGAUCAGGAAAAUCUUACACCAUGAUGGGAAACAAAGCGGAUAAAGGUUUAAUCCCACGAAUCUGUGAGGAAUUGUUCCUGGAGAUUUCCAACAGAAGUAAGAGUGAGGCCAUGUCAUUUCAUACAGAAGUCAGCUAUCUUGAGAUUUACAAUGAGCGUGUACAGGACCUCCUAAAGAAGAGAACACCCUGCUCAGAAACUGCAGGCCUUAAAGUGAGGGAGCAUCCUACGGAUGGACCCUAUGUUGAGAACCUAUCGAAACAUUUGGUGCACAGCCAGAGUAAUAUGGAGAGCCUGAUCAUUCUUGGGAAUGCCAACCGCACCAUAGCCAGCACAGGCAUGAAUGACUUCAGCAGCCGUUCACACACCAUUUUCACCAUCACAUUUACACAGGGAUGGUUUGAUGGGGCGCUGCCACAUGAGAGACGGAGUAAAAUCCACCUGGUGGACUUGGCUGGCAGUGAGAGAGUAGAUAGCACUCACACCACUGGCACCAGGCUGAAGGAAGGUGCCAACAUAAACAAGUCUCUGGUCACCCUGGGCAGUGUCAUCUCGGCUCUCGCUGACCUCGCAGUGAGUGGACAGUCGGGAAAAAGGAAGCAGAUCUUCAUUCCGUACAGGGACUCUGUGCUUACAUGGUUACUGAAAGACAGCCUUGGUGGAAACUCAAUAACUACAAUUGUAACAACCAUUUCUCCUGCGGACGUGAACUACGAGGAGACCCUAAGCACACUGCGCUUCGCCAGCCGGGCUAAGAACAUAAUGACCACCCCAACAGUAAAUGAAGAUGGCAGCACCAAGGUGAUAAGAGAGCUGCAGGCUGAGGUCACGAGGCUCCGAUCGCUUCUAGCUGAAGCUGCUCAGGUAUUUGAAGGGGAUUGGUGUGCCACUGUGAAGGAAGGGGAAAUGAGAAACCAGGUUGAACCACUCACCAAAAAGUGGAGCACUAAGUGGAGGGAUGCUCAGGAUGUUCUGGAGGAGAAAAGUGUGGCUCUGAGAAAAGAGGGGAGUGGGGUCAUCUUGGACUGCCAGUUACCUCAUCUGAUAGGCAUCAACGAAGACCUGCUCACCACAGGAAUCAUCCUCUAUUAUUUGAAUGAAGGCAGAACCUUGAUUGGAAGUGAUGAAGCCCUAUGCAGUCAGGGUAUCGUGCUUUCUGGACCUGAACUCCUUCGUGAACAUUGCCUGCUUGAGAACUGUGCUGGGAUUGUUACUCUGCUCCCUAAGGAUGGCGCACUGUGUUCAGUUAACGGCUCUGUGGUCACACAUCCCUGCCAGCUGAAUCAGGGUGCAAUUAUACAGCUAGGAAGAGGACCCAUACUGCGGUUUAACCACCCAGCUGAAGCCUCACAGCUGAAAAAGAAACAGCAGAGUGGAUUGCUGUCUGCCUCCUCCUCGUCUUUGACUGACUCCUCCAAAUCUGCAGAGAAUCUAUCCAAGGCAAAACUGCAAAUCUCAGGUGAUAUGGAUAUGUCGGCCACAGAAGGCAAGUCCGGUGACCCAGAUAUUUGUCUUCAAUCUACAGAGAAAAUGACUACGGCCAUUCCUAAAAGAGAUCCUGUCCCUCAAACACGUUUCCAGUUGGGCACAGAUGCACUUCAGGGUCAAGGAAGCAUCUGGGAUGGCCAGGAACAGGAGAGGGACUCGUGUCAUAAAUCAGGGCCAGGGCUUGUGUCUGAAAGUCUGCAGAGGACAGCUCAGAGUGGAGCUGGUGUAGCAAGUUCUGAGAGGGGGGAUGUUUCGUCAGGGGAUGGCAGCCUCCAACAGACAUGUGUCCUGGGCCCUGGUGAUAGAUGUGGCAUGAAGCCAGAAGGGAAUGCUAAUGAGAUCCAAGGUGUCGACGCAGAAUGCUAUAAGGGGAGACCCUUCUCUGGUGGGACCUCAUUAGGCAUUAUGUCCCUCCUGCAGAAAAGUGGAGGAAGUAGUUUCUUGUCGGUCCUCCCACAGACCAACACUUAUUCUCAGGCCAACAGAAAAUCACUUAGCAGUCAGGUGGCCUGCUGUCCACCCAAAGAUACAGCUUUCCAGGACCAGUACAGUAGCAGUGGGAUGGAUGAAAGUGAAAGUUUGGGGGAAAUUAAAGGAACUGCAGAAAAUGCAGGUAAAAAAUCAAUGUUAGGCUCUUUGUUUGGCAAAGUUUCCUGUUUUGUUCUCGGUGCACGGCAACUCCUUAGGAGGUCUCCUGCAAUUGUGCACAAGUUGACAACUGCAAAAUUACAACCUGUUGUCUGCUUGUCCAGUCGCAUUCUAUCUAUAGUGAGGGACAGCUACAUCCUCUCCAAGGUUGAAGGGAGCUUUGCUUUUUCUCUCAUCAGUAAGAGUCCAAUUUUCUCUGUUGUGAAAGCUCUACCUAUCAUACAGCACAUCCAAAUGAAUAUAACUCAUCACCUUCAGUCCAAAGAGGCAGCUCUUAUGAUUCAGGACUGCAAUAAUCUCAACAAGCCCUCACAACUCUCACCCCUGAUGCUACAACAAACCGUGACUGAAAAAAUGGUAGAUGGGCUUCAAAUCUCAGAGGAUUUCAGCAAGCUGGAUUUGGAUUCGCCGAAAAAGCAAGUCGAGAAUAAUAUUCAAAUAAAACAAGACAAAGUUAUUCUAGAGCCUUUGUUGCCUAAACAAACACUACCUGUGCCUUACAGCAAAGGCUGCGAGACUGAGGUUAUCCCAACACCUGAAGCUGUAGAUCAAGCAGAAACUGUCGACAUCUACAUUCAAACAUUGAUCAAAUUUCCUAAUCCACUUCUAAAGCUACAGACUCUAUCACUAAGAGAUCUGACAGGUGUUUUACAAUCAGUCUCUCGUUUAGAACUUCCCUCCCAGAAGAUCAUAGCACUCCACUGGUUGAACAUAGCCAAAAGUAGUGAACCUGAUCCCCAGCCCGGCCUCCUGAUUCUGACAAAAAUGGGUCUCUACACGCUGACUGCCAGCUCUGGGGCCAUGGUCUUGUUCCAUCACCUCCCUUUGUUGCAGCUGAGGGAUAUACGGAUGGGCUUUGCUGGCCAAAGUUUACGUUUAAUGGGCACAACAGAGGAAAGCAUCCUGGGUGUUUAUGCCCACAGCCAGAAGCAAACCAAAGAGCUCUGCUGGGCCAUACUGAAUGCUCUCUGUUGUGGGGACAGCAGAAUAUAUCAGUACCGUCCGCUGAAUGAAAACUUGAUGAAGUUAUCCCUAGCCUGUGAUUUCUAUGCACCUGACCUGCAGCUGAACUCUGGUUUAAAGCUUUGCUGUCGAUUUCAGAAGAGUCUCACUGAUCUGCUUUAUCUUAUCUAUUGUAAUAUAGAUGAAGAGGGAGUCAGUCUUGGAGAGUUGAAGCUAUUAAUGUACACAAGUGUGUCUGUGCACAUGAGCUGCCAAGUGCAUAGUGAACAGCUGGCCCAGUUCUUUCUCACAGAUACCCAUCUUGGUCUGGCAAGAGAGGAUGUUGUGUUCCCAAAAGCAAAGUUUCCUCAGUUUGACAUUUUAGCUCUUUGUCGGUGCUCAGAUGUGCGCUGUAUACUGGUGCACGAUGAAGACGGCAGUGGAUUUGUCAGGCUGGAUGUUGUUGUUGCAAAAACAAAGGCCAGGGGUCACCCUGAAAGCGUGAAGACGCCAGUUACCCCAUUAGAACAUCCGUUCAAUUCAUCUCCACACUCAGAAGUGUGGAAAUUAACUUUCAGUUGCACUGCAGAGGCCACCUGCCUGAUUAAUCACUUGUCAAAUGUCUGAUCAAGGACUGAACGGUCUGUAAUGAACAGCUAAGCUUGAAAACUCUCACUUACUGGGAGCAGUGGCAAAAAGGGCAUUCUAACCAGACACUGCAAAGGAGGAAUUUUCUACUGAAUGAAAGUAAAAACAAUGUCUUAAAGUUUUCCCUUUUUAUAUUGUUGUCAUAAUGUCACAUGGCUCUUGCACUCUGUUUUUUUUCUUUAAACUCAAUCAUUUUGUUGUUGCAAUGAUUAUUCACUGUUUGAUUUGCAAUUUUUUAAAUAUUUCAAGUUUUGGCAAGGGUAAUCAAAUGUUGUGUUAAUUGCUUUUGUAUUAAUAUUGU